AUGGAGUAAGAAUAGGGAUAAGGAUUACCCAUUCCUAUGAUACCAAAAAUCAAACCAUUUCCUAAUCACUAGUAGGUUUACUAAGAUAGAUGCAGAAAUCAAAAAUUUACAUGA